AUGAUGUACGGGGCAAAGGGUCCAACUAACAAAUACGGCUGGAGCCCGGCAACGGUUUUGAUAGGUGGAGUACAGUCGACGGGCGCUAGAGGCUUCUACUGGACCGAUGGAAGCGCCGUGAAUUACACAAAUUUUGCAGCCAACCAGAUAAAAACGCUGGACAGAGCGAUUGUCAUGCAUACCUACAUGUUCCAAGGCCUGAUUGGGCAGUGGUACCGAACCGCAGAUUAUGUCGCCUACUACCCACAGAUCAUCUGCAAGCGGCCCCCC